AUGUCUGAUUUAGAAAGAUCGGAACCGCUAAUUGCACCAAGGCGUUUCUUUGGUGUGCAUUUUGUUAUAUUCCGGAUCCUUGGUUUAGGAUGGUGGCAUCAUCCAGAUGAAGGAGACACUCGGAAUUUCCCUGGACUGUACAUUUACUAUUCAAUAAUAGCAGAACUCAUCUGGGUAGUGGGUUUUGUUGGACUGGAGACAAUUGAUCCAUUUGUGGGCGAAACGGAUCCAGAUCGGUUCAUGUUUAGUCUUUCCUUCGUGAUCACUCAUGACCUGACUGUAAUAAAAAUAUGCAUUUUUUUGUUCAAAAAUAAUGAAAUACAAAAAAUUGUACGCACUGUGGCAAUUGAUUUGCAGAAUUUCUAUCAGAACUAUGAAAAGAAUCGAAAAACUAUCAAAAUUACGCGAAUACUCACCGCUACUUUUGUUUUCUUCGGAUGGGUAACCAUUUUGAAUAUUGACACCUACGGUAUCGUUCAGGAUAUUAUUUGGAAGGCUGAAGUUGCGAAGAUGAAUGAUACCUCAUUGAAGCCGCCACGUACACUCCCGCUACCAAUUUACAUUCCAUGGAGCUACCAGAGCGAAGAGUCUUACAUUUCCGCUGUUCUUUUAGAAACAGUAGGGUUACUUUGGACUGGUCAUAUCGUGCUGACCAUUGACACAUUUAUUGGUUCCGUGAUAUUACACAUUAGCUCUCAAUUCGAAAUAUUGCAGGAAGCUAUAAUUACUGCAUACGAUCGCACAAUUGAACAUUUAUCCAAUGAAAUCAACCGUGACAUUGAUGACACACAUAUGAUUGACGAUUCUCAUACUACGGAUCUCUAUUACGAAAGAAUUGUGAGACUAUAUUGCACGGAGCAAGAAAUUGAGAAUGCAUUAGAAAAUACGUUGAAGAGCUGUUUCCGUCAACAUCAAAUGCUAAUCAGGUUUGUACACGACAUGCUGAUUACCAAAAAGAGAGCACUUUUGCCACACUUACUUAUAUAG